ACUUACGGUUAUUUUCUUUUUUGUUUACAGAUGAUGCCAAACAUUUGGUACCCAACAAGAUGAGAGACUUUUUCUGUACCAUUAAUUUGGACCAAGAAGAAGUUUUUCGUACGCAAGUAGUUGAAAAAUCUUUAAGCCCUUAUUUUGGGGAAGAGUUUUACUUUGAGAUUCCAAGAACAUUCCAGUGGUUGUCCUUCUACAUUUAUGAUAAAAGUGUUCUACAAAAAGACCUGCGUAUAGGAAAGGUGGCAAUCAAAAAAGAAGAUCUAUGCAACUACACAGGGAAAGAGAACUGGUUUACGCUUCAACCUGUUGAUUCCAACUCAGAGGUUCAGGGAAAAGUUCACCUUGAAUUAAAACUGAAUGAACUGAUAACAGAUAAUGGAUCUGUGUGCCAGCAACUAGUAGUACACAUAAAGGAGUGCCAUGGGUUGCCUCUUAUAAAUGGACAGAACUGUGACCCUUAUGCAACUGUCUCUCUUGUGGGUCCUUCCAGAUCAUAAAGAUAUUUGAUCUCUGUGAAUGACCAGUGCAAGCCAAGAACCUCUUGUCCCCCAGUUUCUUCAUGCCUCUGGACCAGCUGGAUCAGCUUCUUUAUAUCUGUACUGUACUUUCUAUUAGUUUUAAUCAAGCUCUUGAAUAUAGCUAUUUGCCCACUCACCUUAUGUUUCUUAUUUUUCUUAAUUUGUGAAUUUCUUUGCAGCAAAUACUUGGGAAUUGGGAGAGAGCAAGAAAAUAGAGGUUCUGGUGAAACCUAUGUAGUGCCAGUGCUUUCUGGAUGACACUUUCCAAGUAUUCAGCUUAUCUCCUAUUUCUUAAAUAAGUAAUCCUGAAUAGAUGUUGGGGUUUUUCAUUUAUGAAAAUCUCAUAUCACACAUUCACUAUCCACAACUUCCAAUAACAUUUAACAUAAGCUAGCUCUAAGUUGUUUCUUUUCUGCUGCCUCAGGCCUAAAUUCACCCAUUCUUCACGGCGCAGGGGAGUUGUCACUGUGAGCACAGCAUCAGACCUCAAAUGUUAAGCUUGUGUGUGUUAAGUGCUUUUGAAGAAGCAUCCCUGAGUAAGAUCUAAGUGAAUGAAUGGGAUUAUGGGAUGGUUUUUCCUUCUUGGUAAAGGAUGUAAAA